GCGGAAACACAAAAAGACCAUCAAAUCGAACACUUUCACAGUUGAAAGUCAGAGCUGCUGGAGAACGGACAAGAAAAUGGCAGACCACAGAUGGAUGCACUUCAGCAACGGCAGCGUGCCGCCAAAUGCCGUAGUGGCUGGUCACGAUUCGGACGGGGACACCAUCUACGUGGGCCGUGCCUUCUUCUCCAACGACAUGCUGCCGGCGAAGGUGAUUCCCAACAAGGGCAAGGCCUACGUGGCGUAUGCGCGCGAGGAGCACGAGUUGGAGAACUACGAGGUGCUCUCCGGCUACAACUACGAGUGGCUGCCGGCGGAGAACGGGGAGGUGCCCCCGGGCGCCGUCAAAGUGGGCCGGAAUGUGGACGGCGAGUAUCUGUAUGCGGGCAGGGGCUAUCAUGCCGGCAGCCUAACCAUGGGGAAGGUGCAUCCCUCACACGGCUGCCUGUACAUUCCCUACGAUUCCGAUGAGGUGAAGAUCUUUGCCUACGAGGUGCUGUGCCAGCCGGAACGCUGGAUCGACACCACCGCCACAAAUAUUCCGAAUGGCGCUCUGGUUGCUGGGCACGAUUCCAACGGGGACACCAUCUACGUGGGCAGGGUGUUCCGCAAUGGUGAUCUGCUGCCAGCCAAAGUGGUGCCGGCGAAGGGUAAAGCCUAUGCCGCCUAUGCCCAGGCGGAGCAUGAGCUCACCGAUGUCCAGGUGCUGACGGGAUCCGGAUUCCGUUGGGUUCCGGCCUCGCACGGAAAUGUGGCUCCCGGAGCCCUGUCCUCCGGUCCGAAUGUCGACGGUGAGCCCCUCUAUGUCGGCAGGGCCAUCUACUGCGACAGCUUGAGUGUGGGCAAGAUUCAUCCCUCGCACGGCUGCAUCUACAUCCCAUUCGGUGGCGAGGAGGUGCGUCUGGAGAACUACGAGGUUCUGGUGAGGAUCUAGACAGAAGGACAGCUUUGCCUUCAUUUCAUUUUUUUUUUAAUAAAUCUAUUUUUUUACACACACAACACAAGUAUAUAGAUUAAAGUAUAAAUUUAAAUUUAAUUUGAUGGACAUCGAGCCAAGUAACUGAUAAAAUUUAUGGUAAUGCACCCAGUAAUUCUAAAAAAAAAGUACCCCAUUCAUAGAGUUUUUGUGAUAAUAGCUCAAAGUAGUUGUCAUGGAAAUUUCGAGGUAUUGCGGAUGUGAGGAAUUUCUUCUAUAUGUGGACCUUAUGUUAUCACAUCGGUUAUCAAUUAACAACAAUCAAUUGAUUAGUUGGCCAUAAAUUUGCGUCAACUUGUAGCAUAAUUAACCAUUUGCCUUCGCCCACUGACUUAAUAAACACUGCAUCGUAAAACUCA